CUGUUGAACACUUGCGCACUGCGCGUAAAGUACACACGUACCCAAACCCUCGCCGCGACGCGUUGCGCUCUUCGCAAAGGAAGAAACUUUUGUUUCGUCAAUGAAGUGGACUUUUAUAUCUGCUACAGCACCUACAGCUUGUCUUAAUACAGCAGUUACGGUAGAAUAUGUGUAAAAAGAGGCGGGCGCUCUCCUGGAAAUCUCCCACUGUUUUCUCCAGAUAAACAGCUUUUCCUUGGUGAUCUCGAAGAUGGAACACAGUGAAACGGGGAAUUAUAAAAGAGGAGCAGCUUUAUAUGAAGACCUGCAUUGUUCAUCCCAUAUGCCAUGAACAGAAGAUCAGCUGCGCGUUUGGAGUUUUAACUGUAUCUGGACUGUAUCUUCAGGUCCUGCACUUGUACACCUACGGAGAAGGGUGCGAAUACACCGCUGAGCUCGAUUUAGCCUCCGUUCUAUUAUUUGGAACGUUGCUGAUGUGCAAAACCAUCUUAUUUAGAAGAGUUCGAAUGUUCAAAUUUUACACUUUGUGUUAUUUUAAGAAGAGCGCAAAUCUAGUAUUAUGACAGACUUGGACUCAUGGACCUUCUAUCCAGAUGGAUCUAGCGCAGGUUUGCGUUCCUCCUUAAAGCGGCGCUUAAGGUGGCUUUGAUGCACGAAGGAUCCUCCAAACUCUUACAAUGGCUCACUUAAACACGGAAUAUGUUCCCAUCUCCUGGCCCGAGCCCAUCUGAUCUCGUUCGUCACUGAUCUGUCAGCUUUAGAGUGAUCAUGGUCUCGUCCGUUGGCGCUCUGAUGGUUCUGAUGGUCACUCAGGUGUUCUUUGGAGGCUCCAGUGGACUCGUACCUCAGAUCGGCCGGUCCUCUCUGUCUCAGGAUGUCUUACAUGCGUUUGAACUUCGACUUCUGAGCAUGUUUGGACUCAAACACAGACCGAGUCCCAGCAGGUCUGCGGUGGUGCCGCAAUACAUGAUGGACUUGUACUCGAUGCACUCGGUGAACGCGGAGCAGAGCAACAGACCCAAGAGUUCACUGGGGAAAGCCUCGGAAAAAUCUGCCAGCCGCGCAAACACUAUCAGGAGCUUCCAUCAUGAUGAAUCCACGGAGGAUCUGUCCAGUUCGAGCGGAAAGACGACUCAGCGGUUCCUCUUCAACCUGACCUCCAUCCCGGGCGAGGAGUUCGUGACGUCAGCGGAGCUACGGAUUUUCCGAGAGCAGAUCGUGAGUUCUCCGAGCAACGGGUUCCACCGCAUUAACAUUCACGAGAUCAUCAGACCGUCCGGUUCCCUUCAGGAACCCAUCACGAGACUCCUGGACACCAGGCUGGUUCAGCACAGCUUGAGCAAGUGGGAGAGUUUCGACGUGAGCCCCGCCGUCUCGAGGUGGACCGCAGACGGACGGCCCAACCAUGGCUUCGUGGUGGAAAUAGUUCACCCGGACCAGGACUCCAAAAGACACGUCCGGGUCAGUAGGUCCCUGCACGACAGGGAGGACACGUGGUCCCAGAUGAGGCCUCUGUUGGUGACCUACAGCCACGACGGCAAGGGGAACGUGCUUCACUCUCGCGAGAAGCGGCAAGCGAGGCCCAAAAACCAGCGGAAGAAGCACAAACCCAACUGCAAGAGACAUUCCCUGUAUGUGGACUUCAGCGACGUGGGGUGGAACGACUGGAUAGUCGCCCCGCCGGGAUACCAUGCCUUUUACUGCCAGGGCGAGUGUCCGUUCCCGCUGGCGGACCACCUAAACUCCACCAACCACGCUAUUGUACAGACACUGGUGAACUCGGUGAACAGCAACAUCCCCCGGGCCUGCUGCGUUCCCACGGACCUGAGUCCCGUUUCUCUGCUCUAUCUGGACGAGUACGAGCGGGUGAUCUUAAAAAACUACCAGGACAUGGUCGUGGAGGGCUGCGGAUGCCGCUGACGCCGUCUCCACACACUUUAUUUUUCCCAAUACUAAACUUUAUUUAUAAUAAAGUAAAACACAUAUUUUGGAGAAGUAUAUAAAGAUAUAUUUAUGUUCACUAUUGGGAAAAUAAAUAUUUUAAUCAGA